CAUCCACAUCAACUUUGGCUAGUCCAGCAGCAGCAUCGUCGAGGAAAAUCUGCUUCUCCUGUGCCGAUUUCCUUGAAAAUUGUCCGUUCCAUUGGUUUUACGAGUUCCGAAGAUAUCUUAUUAUGUCGACCAAGACCAAGAAAUCAUCUGAUAGUGCGCAGAACAAGGAAGAUGAGGUGGUGCAGAUCAACAAAUGGGAUGGAACUGCGGUCAAGCACGCGUUGGAUGAUUCGGUUAAAAGUGCGCUGAUGAACCAUAACAAUAUGAAGGAGCUUUUUGGCAUCAUCGAUGGACGUUUGUUUAUUUGUGCACUGGCCGUCGGAAUCGCGCUGGUGGCGCUGGGCUAUGAUUAUGAGUACACGUUUCCUGCUUCCAAGCCCGUCCUUAUUGUCUGCGUUUGCUGCUACUUUUUCCUGAUGGGUGUCCUUACCGUCUACACGACGUACGUUGAAAAAGGAAUUUUUGUGCUGAGCGAACAGAAGGACACUUCUGGCAGCGUGAAGCGAUGGAAAGCUAGUUCCGACAUGAAGAAGUACGACGACAAAUAUGAACUAACCGUGCAGCUUAAGGAUUCGCGCGGCAUUCGAGAGGCCACGGUCACCAAGUCAGUGGCUAACUUUAUCGACACGAAUGGCGUAGUUCUGGACGAUUUGGUUGCCAGCGAAGUGAAUCGUAUUGUGAAUUCGUUAAACGCAGAUCGCAAAGAUAAGUAAAGCAGUGAGAGGAGCAUAAAGAGUCUCACUUUAGAGCAUGUAUUUUUUUUUGAAUGACUUCAGCACAUAGGUCUGGCAUAGAUCGAAGUAUAAUAAAAUAACAAUUCUCCCUCCUUUAA